CAAUGGAGCGACCAACGCCGAGAACAAUCGCAAUGGUGGCACGGUUGCUUCUUCUCUGCCUCGCUGCCGCUGCCACCAGCGGGGGACUGCAUGCUCAUGCUCAGCUUGACAACAAUGGUUUUAUAAGCAUAGACUGCGGUUUUCCGGGGCAAACAGGCUAUGUGGAUAACAAAACCACCUUAUUCUACACAACAGAUGCCGGCUUCAUCGACGCCGACGCCGGCAUGAACCGCAAUAUCUCCGUGGAGUUCAUCAACCCGCCGAUUCCCACGAGCUGGCACAGCGUGCGUAGCUUCCCCGGGGGCACGCGCAAUUGCUACACUCUCAUCUCACUCGUGUCCGGGCAGAAGUACCUCAUCCGGGGCAAGUUCUUGUACGGCAACUAUGAUGGCCUCAACAGGCUACCCAUCUUCGACCUCUACAUCGGCGUUAACUUUUGGACGACGGUGAACAUCCCAAAAGCCGACACAGCGGUAUAUGCAGAGGCCAUCAUGGUCAUGCUGGUUGAUUCCGUCCAGGUUUGCUUGAUGAACACUGAAAGCGGGACGCCGUUCAUCUCCGGGCUGGAUCUGAGGCCGCUCAAGACCAAGCUCUACCCAUUGGCCAACGAGACACAGGCCCUGGUCCUGCUACACAGGUUUAACUUCGGACCGACUGAUGGAACAGUUAUCAGGUACCCUGAUGAUCCUUAUGACCGGAUAUGGUUCCCCUUUGUGGACGCGACAGACUGGAAUGAGAUAUCAACAGAGAUGAAGGUGAACACUGAUGACAGGCUAUUCGAGCCACCCCAGGCAGUGAUGCAGACGGCCAUCUCACCGCGGAACGUCUCCAGGAACAUAGAGUUUACCUUGGGCCUCGACAGUUUCCCUAGUGACCACUCGCUGGGGUACAUCUAUGCGAUGUACUUUUGUGAACUUCAACAACUACCCCGUAAUGCACUACGGCAGUUCUUCAUCUACAUUAAUGGCUUCCUGGGGAAAACGGCGACCACAAUAGCCUUCACUCCAGCAUACCUUGCGGAGGGUUCCCGCUACUCACUUGAGCCCUUUCCAUAUAGUCAGUACAUGGUCUCCCUCGUAGCCACCGCUAACUCAACGCUGCCCCCCACCAUAAGCGCCAUUGAGCUAUUCUCCGCUAUCCCAACCACCACCUUGGGCACAAACUCACAGGACGUAUCUGCCAUCACGGCGAUCAAGGAGAUGUACCAGGUGCACAAGAACUGGAUGGGUGACCCAUGCGUUCCCAAGGCUUUGGGCUGGGAUGGCUUGACCUGCAGUUAUGAUGUUUCCAAACCUCCAGCGAUUACAAGCGUAAACAUGUCUUUCAAUGGUCUGCAUGGUGCUAUAUCGCCAAAUUUCGUAAAUCUCAAGGACGUCCAAUACAUGGAUCUUUCAAACAACAACUUGACAGGAUCAAUUCCAGAUGCCCUUUCACGAUUACAAUCAUUAGUACUUUUAGAUCUCUCAAACAACAAGCUGAAUGGAUCAAUUCCUUCUGGACUUCUCAAAAAGAUUCAAGAUGGCUCCUUGGAUGUGAGAUAUGGCAACAAUCCCAGCCUUUGCACUAAUGGCAACUCAUGUCAGCCUGCCAAAGGGGGCAGCAAACUAGCCAUCUACAUAGUUGUUCCUGUACUUGUGAUUGCAGUGUUAGUAUUAGUGCCAAUACUAAUCUUUCUGUGGCAUAGGAAAAGAAAGCAAGCUGCCGACAUAGGAACCAUCGGUGUAAGGCUGGCAAGUGAUGGUGAUGGGAAUAGUUCACUUCGACUUGAGAACCGUCGGUUCACGUAUAUGGAACUGAACACGAUAACAAACACCUUCCAGCGAGUGCUUGGCCAAGGAGGGUUCGGGUCUGUCUUCCAUGGCAUCCUAGAAAAUGGCACUCAGGUGGCAGUAAAGUUGAGGUCUCAUUCUUCAAAACAAGGAGUCAAACAGUUCCUCGCAGAGGCUCAAGUUUUAACGCGGAUUCAUCACAAGAACCUUGUCUCUAUGAUUGGUUACUGCAAGGAUGUAGAUCACAUGGCACUUGUCUAUGAGUACAUGCCUGAAGGAACCCUACGUGAGCAUAUUGCGGGCAAGAUUGGACGAGGUUUACCCUGGAGACGACGACUGCGAGUCGCACUUGAAUCUGCGCAAGGGCUGGAGUACCUACAUAAGGCGUGUAACCCACCUAUAAUGCACAUGGAUGUUAAAACUGCCAACAUCUUGCUAAAUGCAAGGCUUGAGGCCAAGAUUGCCGAUUUUGGCUUGUCCAAGGCUUUCAACUGGGACGAUGGCACCCAUAUAUCCACCAACACCUGUGCCGGCACACCAGGAUAUGUAGAUCCAGAGUAUCAGAGAACAAUGCAGCCAUCAACCAAGAGCGACGUGUACAGCUUUGGUGUCGUGCUGCUAGAGCUAGUCACAGGGAAGCCGGCCAUCUUGUACAACCCUGAGCCUGUUAACAUCGUCCAUUGGACACGACAGCGACUUGCACGAGGUGACAUUGAGGGUGUUGUAGAUAUGCGUAUGCAAGGGGAUCAUGACAUCAAUGCCGUUUGGAAGACUACGGACAUUGCGCUCAUGUGCACCGAGCAAGCGCCCCCGCAACGGCCCUCCAUGACUGAUGUCGUGAUGCAGUUACAGGAGUGCCUUGAUCUCGAGGAGAGACGCAUAGGAGAUGAUGAUGAAUUCUUCACCGACCAUGGCGGUGGUGGCACGGACCCAAGCAUGAGUUACUACGCUGCCAGCAACGAGUCCAGUGAUGUACGCCAGAGCAACAUUGCGUUUCAGAUUGAGCAUAAUUAUAGGAUACGUCCACAAAUGGAUACCAGUCCUGCACAAAUACGAUGAAGACAUCUUUGCCAAUCCAGUCAACUAGCCACCAUGGAUUCUCUUAUUUCAUGAUCAGAUCUCUGUGAGAUUUUUUUUAAGAUGUUUGUUAUACGUAGUUGAGUGAUGCUAUCACCAUAUGAAGAGGCUAGUUCAAUGGUUUUUUCAGUUAAGAUUCCCUCGGUUU